AUGUCUAGAGUAGCACAGCAUAGACCCAUACGACACUUGCUAGAUAACCAUGUGUCGUUGGCUCCUUUAGUACGACAGUUGCCAUCGAGGAGAUCUGAAUUGGUUCCUUACAAUCAACAGCAACUCCACCCGCUCCAGCAGCAACAACCAUUGACAGCUCCACAAUAUCCCCCGUCACUUCCACCAUUACGUGUCAAACCGUGUACUAGAUUCAGCAAAAUUCCACGUAUUUUUAACAAAUGUGACAAUGAUAUCUCGCCGGAGGACAAACUUGACCUUGAACGCAAGAUGAACCUUCUGAACUUGAUUGAAAAACUAAAGAGCCAGAUCCCCAAUAUACUAGAGCAUAAUUUAUCAAAGGAAAUAAUCUCAAACAACAUCUAUCUCCGAAUAUGCCCUUCCCAAUUUGAUGAAAACUAUCUUCCUAAACUACAUGGCACAAUUGCGUACAAUAGUGCAUGCAAAGCAAUAACGUUAUUCAUUACAUCAAUAAUCCUUAGCCCGCAAGUCAAACUACACAUAUCUAGUAUCAAAACUUCAAGGAAACAGGAUCCACAAUGCAUGUUUAGUACAUCAAUGAAAGUGUAUGUUAGAUGGAGUACAUGCAGGCCCAAUUGUGAACAUUUGGGGGUGCAAUCAACAUCAAAUGCCCAUUUUGGAUCGCACAAGUGGUCACCUGAGGAUACAAAGAAGUUGAUGGGGGCAAAUGUCACAUUAUCGGGGUUGAUUGGUAAAUUGACAGGUGCAGUGAUGGGUGUAAAUAAAGAGAAACAAAAGGAUUUGGAGAGGGUAAUUUCGGGGUUAUUUAUCUUUGAAUUGAAUGAUAAUUGCGAUGAAAUAUUGGUGCAUACAGUUGAGAAUAUGGAUAUUAUUGAACGGUUUGAAACAGAGCCGGGGAAUGCGUUGAGAGUGUGCUGA